AAAAAGAAGCCUUAAGCAGAUAUUUAAAUGACAUUUACCGCUUGUCAGAUCAUCGUCAGAAACAUUAGCUUGAUGUAAAUGCAACAUCAUACAGCUUCAAAAUAUUAAAAACUAUAUAGAUAGAUUUGAUCUUUAAGUUACAGGGAGCUGAGGAAACGAGUUGGUACAAAAAGAAGGACUUGGACGAUUGGAGGAAAAUUUAGAGGUUGGUUUUCUAGUUAUAGUCAGUUAAAUUCAUGGUUGGUUUUCUGGUUUGUCGGGGCAAAAUGGCAAGUCCGAGCAAAAAGGCAAAAAAACCGAUCACCAAGGUGUUUAAUGAUCCCAUCCAUGGUAGCAUAGAGUUACACCCACUCCUCAUCAAGAUCAUUGACACACCUCAGUUCCAGAGACUUCGAUUCAUAAAGCAGCUUGGAGGUGUCUACUUUGUUUACCCCGGAGCGUCUCACAACCGCUUUGAACACUCGAUCGGGGUGGGAUACUUAGCAGGAAAACUUGCUGAGGAUCUCAGGUCAAGGCAGCCGGAACUCGAGAUCUCUGACGAAGACGUCCUUUGUGUUCAGAUUGCUGGCCUCUGUCAUGACCUGGGUCAUGGACCCUUUUCCCAUCUGUAUGAUGGAAUGUUCCUCCCCAAAGCACUGGAAAAGAAGGAAGAAAUGAGAAGAAAUGGGGAAUUGGGAGAAGAGGAGAAAUUGGAGGAAUGGAAGCAUGAAAAGGGCUCUUGUGACAUGCUAGACCACCUGGUGAGACAGAAUGAUCUUAAACCAGAGAUGGAGAAGUAUGGACUGAUCCCUGAAGACGACAUAACAUUCAUUAAGGAGAUGAUUGCUGGACCUCUACAGGAAUCUAAAGAGCAGGAGGAUGAAAAGGGCUAUUGUGACAUAAUUAACACCCUGGUGGAACUGAUUGAUCUUGAAAAAGUGAUGAUGGAGAAAUACGAAGUGGACCCUGAAGAUGUGAAAAACAUUAAGGAGAUGAUUGCUGGACAGAAAUCUAAAAGCAAGAAGGAACAGAGUAAGCUUGAGCAAGAGAUGAAGGAGAAAUACGAACUGAACCCUGAAGAUGUGAAAUUCAUUCAGGAGAAGAUUGCUGAAGACAAGAAGUGGCCGUACAAAGGGCGUAAAGAAGAAAAGUCCUUCCUCUACGAAAUUGUGUCCAACAAAAAAAACGGCGUUGAUGUGGACAAGUUUGACUACUUGGCCAGGGACUCUUCCUACCUGGGGAUCAAGAACAACUUUGACUUUCAUCGCUUCCUGCAGUUUGCCAGAGUGUGUAAGGUUGAUGGCAGGAAAACUAUCUGCACCAGAGACAAGGAGGAGGACAAUAUGUACGACUUGUUCUACACAAGACACCGUCUCCACAAAAGAGCCUGUCAGCACAGAGUAAGCCAAAUCUUACAAGAAAUGAUUGCAGAGGCUUUUGUGAAAGCAGACGGUCACAUUGAGAUUGAAGGAUCAGAAGGAUCAGCAGGAUCAGAAGGAACAAUAGGAUCUAAAGGAUCAAGAGGGCUGUUCACUCUCUCUACAGCCUUUAAGAACAUGGAGACCUACACAAAGCUCACAGACAACGUGUUUGAGGAAAUACUCAACUCUUCCCGUCCUGAGUUACAAGAGGCAAAAAAGAUUCUGCAAGACAUUGUCUCUCGAAAGAUCUACAAGUUUGUUGGUGAGAGAAAGCCAAAGGACCCCAUCGAGGAUUGGAAAAGCCAGAAAUAUGGCUGGAAAAUAGGAUUGGCUCGACCCUUACCUAAUGGAGAAAGCAAACUGAAACUAGAUGACUUUGAAAUCCUGGUCAUUAACAUGGACUACGGCAUGAAAGACAAGAACCCUGUCGAACAUAUGCAUUUCUACAGCAAAAAGGAGCCUGACGUGGCAAAGCCAAUGUCCACAGAAAAUGCAUCCAGGAUUCGCACAACGAUCUUUUCUGAGCAGCUGAUCAAGGUCUUCUGUAAGAAGAUUGAUGAACAGAGUGUGGAGGCUGCCAAAAAGCACUUUGAACAGUGGUUAGAGAUGGAGCCAAAUCUGGAUGGAUCUGAGGAGGCAAGAGAGAUUCUGCAAGACAUUGCCUCUGGAAAGAGGCACAAGUUUGUUGGUGAGACAAAGCCAAAGGAGACCAUCAAGAAUUGGAAAAGCCGGAUUACUGGCUGGAAAAAAGGAUUGGCUCCACCUAAUGGAAAAAGCAACCUGACACCAGAGGACUUUGAAAUCCUGGUCAUUAACAUGGACUACGGCAUGAAAGACAAGAACCCUGUCGAACAUAUGCAUUUCUACAGCAAAUAUGAGCCUGACGUGGCAAAGCCAAUGUCCAUAGAAAAUGCAUCCAGGAUUGGCACAACGAUCUAUUCUGAGCAGCUGAUCAGGGUCUUCUGUAAGAAGAUUGAUGAUGAGAAGAGUGUGGAGGCUGCCAGACAGCACUUUGAACAGUGGAAGUUCAAGAUGUAGCCAAAUCUGCUUGGACCUGAGGGUAAUUAAAAGGCCAUGGAAAUGACUCAACAACAUGAAUAACACAGAAUUAUUUCUUAUUCAGACCCAGGACUCAUGUUUUUUCUAGCUUUUAUCAUAUACAUGUUGUAUUGUUGUUUUAAAUUGUUGACUCCCUUCUGCAUCUGCAUAAGUUCCAACAACAUACAACAUGUUUUUAUUGAGGACAAAGAUAAAUCAUAAUAUAUAAUAAUAUAAACUGAUACAUAGACACACAUAACACUGGAUACUUACACAGCUAGCAGCUGUAUGGCUGUUGAAUACCAUUUAGGUAAAGAAAGCCAUUAUUGAAAUCCAACAAUCAUUGUCUCAAACUGAAUAUAUAAACUGCAUGUUUCUGAAUUGAUUCAGCUUUUGGUCACAUUUAUGCUUCUUUGUAGGUUGUGUAUUCUUUUUGGUUGGGGAAAGAUGUAUAGCACUCCCAACAUGUGUAAUGGAGUGAAUAUUUCACUUGUGGUUUUAUUUAGGGAUUUAUAAUACUCAGUGGUGUUUUAGUUUUGAGGUUAAUCGUUUGAAGAUUGAGGACAUGAGAUUAGAUUAUUUGUCUUUGAGUGGUGUUUAAUGAGAGAUGAUCAUAAGUGAUGUUUUGGUGACUGGUAUUAUCUUAUAUUAUAUUACUUUGUAUCUGCAGCAUUUAUUAUCACUAUUCAAUUUUAAUCUGUUUUAAAAUGAGUCUUAUUUUGGGCAUGUUUUAUAAUGUCAUCUUCUUUUGAGUUUAUGAUUCUUACUUUAAAAACUGGAACUUGUGAAAACCUUUAUUUGCAUCUAAAAACUUGAAAUUGGAAUGAAACAAUAUCUUUUUAAAUGUAUCCAUCAACUACCUUUCUUCGAUUUAUGAUGAAUGUGUUUAAAUGUAUGACACACUUUAAGUGAAGCUAUAAUUGUUUGACGAUUGGUUCUUACAUAAUGCAUCUAUGAGAACCUUUCAAGUGUAUUCCUGUUGUGAUGGGUUCAUAUCUGAUAAAAUCUGCAUAUAUUCAAAAUAAACAUCAGAGAAAAUCCUGAGUUCAA